AUGAAAUUUUUAGUUUAUAUCGAUGAUCAAGAAGAAUCAUACUCUGCUUUUUACAGGGCAAUGAGAAUGGUUAGUGAAAAUGACUGGAUCAUUCUCUUGACCAAAGUAACAUAUAACCGAGGUGGCCAAGGAAAUGAUGCCCACGAAGCAAUGAAAUAUUUUGGUAAAUUAUUAGACAAGAGAAAGAUUAAAAGUUUAGUAUUUAUGGAAAUGGGAUCAACAAGAGAAUUUUUAAAGGAAAAGGUUAAACAAUUAAAGAUUGAUGUUAUUGUAAUGUGCCCACACAAUAGUAGAGUUAAAAAAUUAUGUGAUUAUGUAUCCGAUAAUAUUAAAGCAUCAUUAAUGGUAGUUAGAGAAUGUGAUCCAAGUGAUCCACAAUUGGUACCACCAAGAGGAACUUACAACCAACAUGCAAGAAAAACAAUGAUCACAUCUGGUAGCAUGUCGUCGAUUCCAUCGUCCAACACCAAUGCCCCUGCAUUUAUUCCAAAGAAACAAUCCAACAACAACAAUGCAAAUGAUAUGGCAUUACCAAAGAAACCAGUAUCAUCUCACCAUCCACUUGUAAAGUCACAAUCUGAAUUUGUAUUGUCACCAAGAACAAAGUAUUUGGCUAGAAACAAGACAGUUGAGAAUAAUGAUAAUCUCAUGUAUUCUUAUUCACCAACUUCAACUCCAACUAGCACCACCUCUACUACCUUCAUCCCAACAGCUCAACAAUCACCAAAAUCUGGACACCGUCAAUUGACACACACCUAUGAUGAUUCAAUGCCACUGGCAACCAAACGUAGACCAUUAAACUCAUCGCUCGACAAUACCGAAUCAAUGGAUAGAAAUUUGGAACUCAUACAAAAUGAAAUCAUGGAUCACCACAAAUCAUCUUCCCCAUCCAUUAUCAAAACUGGAAGAAAGGUUUCAUCAUCUUCCAAACCCAAAGGUGUUCAAUUUGGUCCAUCUGUUGAUAUUGUAAAUGGCUAA